AUGGAUUUGUCUAUCACGACGCUGACUUUCGAAGAAGCUGAAACUUACUACGAAACUAUCAGUGAAGACGAAUCGGAGAAUCUUGUGUCAUCCGGGAACGAGGCGAGGAGCGAGGAGUACACCAGGACAGAUGAGUUCGAAAACCUCUUCCAAGGGGAUGCGGCCAUGGAUUCAUUUCCACGGGGGACGGACGUUGAAACUGAAAUCCGGAGAGAACGAAUCGCUUCCGAAGAUUUCACAGAAGACCGCGCAGUUGCGGAUGAAGAUUCUUCGGAUCAUUCAAUGAUGGUUCCUGCUACAACCUAUGACGCCGCAUUGAAAAUUUCCAUGGUGCCCCAUUAUCUCGACCAGCUCAGUCUCGCCAUCGUCGGAGCUUUCGGUUACCAUCUUGAUGAUUUCUAUGAGGAUUUACCGUCGGAACCGUGCACAGAAAAUUUCUCCAACACCAUGGACUAUCCCGUGGACACCUCGCAAUUCCUGCAGAUGCAGGAUCCGAAUCCACAAACCCAGGUCACGGUGCACCACAUGCCGAAGAAGGAGGAAUGCCAAGCCGUCGUCAUCGCGGCAACGGCGACUCCUGUGGUGGCCCCCACGACCAAAAAAAAGACCCGGACUACAUUCACGUCGUUCCAACUCGAUGAAUUGGAACGAGCGUUCCAGAGAGCUCCGUAUCCAGAUGUUUUCGCGCGAGAGGAUCUCGCGAUGAGGCUCAGUUUGAGCGAGUCCAGGGUCCAGGUUUGGUUCCAGAACCGGAGAGCGAAGUGGAGGAAACGAGAACCUCCGCGGAAGAACAAUUUUUUACAAAUGAGCGCAGGGGUACCCCGCCUACCUGUAGCCUGCUCCUUGCCGCCCGCCUGCGCGGUGGGUCCACCGACACCGUCAUCGUCGCCUUCAUCACUACCGGCGGCAUCAACAGUGCUAUCCACCACAGAGCAGCCGCUAUACCCGACCGCGACUCUGCCGGCUUUCUCUCCAGCCGGUUCGUUCCACGAUGCGGCUUCCUGGCACUUCACGCCCUUUGAGUCGCCUGCCCCGAUGGCUCCGACGGGUUAUGAUUACGACCCCUAUCAGCAGCCGAUGACUAUGCAAUAUCAGCAGGACGAACUGUCCAUGACCGCUCUGAUGUCAAUGCCUUCGUGGUUGCCACAGGAGCAGAGCGUGUCUGGCCAAAACCUCUAUGACUACCGUCCUCUCGAUGUGGUCCCGCUCCAACAAUCGCAGCACCAGAGCGCGGAAGCCCCGAGCGGAGAAACUAGCGAAAUUUUCUGA